GGAGCGUUAAUAAACUGUGGAGGAAUUAUGGUGGUUUCUAAAUACAUACCCAUGGACUAGUAUGUUCCUUGAUUUGUUUAGUUUCCUUGUAAAAAGCUGCAAAGUGAAAACAAGCUAAACGGACGUCAGAUUUACACUGCAGAGAGGUUAUAAAUGUCUUGUAUUUAUUGAACGUGGAUCAGGUGGACUCAAACAUGCACUGAGUGACGACAAUAAUUGUCAUUUCAACAGAGAAGAAAAAUUGAUAUGAAGGUCGACCACAUUUUGUUGUUUUUAUUUUGGAUGAAAGCCGCUAAAGGAUUAGAGUGUCCAGGCGAUGAUAUUGGCUCACCUCCCAGCAGCGUCUUAUCUUCUGCAAUUUACGAGGAAGGCGAGAGUGCAUCACUGUUGUGUCGGUUUUUGGCACCUCCUGACUGUGGACCGAUCACGUGGGAGAAAGUCACAGAUCAACCUAUCAUUCCCUCUUCAAGGAUAAAAAUACAUGACGUCACCAAUGGGACAGGACUGUAUUCAACACUUACAAUCAACCCUGUAUCCGUACGUGACGAGGGUCUGAUAUUUUGCCGCCUUCGUGGAUCGUUAUUUCUUCACAACAUCGUUGUAUUGCCACUCCCAGUGGUAGUUAUUUCCCCUUUGUUCAAGGCUGCAGAAGAAGGAAGUGACGUCAUCUUUAUUUGUAACAUCACAAAUCAACAGCUUCGAUUUGGGAAUGCUACGUUCAAGUGGUGCCAUGGUUCUAAUACCCUUCAAAAUACGAUGCACAUUGAUUUGAAGGGGUUAUCAACGCUUCACUUGCAUAGUGUUGCUUUUAAGGACAGAGGAAAUUACAGAUGUGGCCUGCAAGGUUACAAUGACGCAUGCGCAAGCAUGAAACACGUCGGUAUUUUAGAAGUAUAUAGUUUAGAAGGUACAAUAUUUUGUAAAGAAGAGUUUGAUGGUAAUGCCGGCCUUACCUGGAUAGCAACACCUGCCGGGAACACCGUUAUACAGCCUUGUAAUAUGUCCGCCUUUACAGGUACUAUUCAACGUCACUGUGGAAUCAACGGCGUCUGGGGAAUCCCUAUAACAAUAGACUGUGUCAGACAAGAGAUUCAUUCAGCACUUGAAGACCUCAUUUACCUGGAGACUACACCUGGAAAUACGGAAGCGGUUAUUGGAAGUGUUAUAUCCAGUAUAUCUAACAUAACAGCAGAUUCAUAUAGUUUGACCUCUGGUGACCUUAACACUACAACCACAGUUCUAGAAAAGGUGGUCAAUAUUAUAACGAACACUGCUGAGACUGUCAGCGUCAAUGAACAGGUGUUUGUCGGCAUCAUUGAUGACAUGCUUGCAGAAGACUAUAAGAAAGCUUGGGGUGAAGUUAAUGAUAAGAGUUCUGACGCAGUCGCCAGCAAAAUAAUGAAGAUAAUUGAAAGUUUUGGUGCCGCUGUAAGUCAAACACUGAUCACAGACCGCCCUAUAGUUAUAAACGGAAGCAAUAUCAAUGUGGAAUUCAGACGAAUUAACGCAACUACACCAAUGAUAACGUUUUAUCCGGAGCAAACAUUAAAUGGUUCCGACGUUGGUAUUUCCCUAAAUCUGGAAUCAGAUUCUACAGGUAGCAUUACAUACACAGCUGCUUUUUAUAGAACGAUUUCAGAAAUACUCCAACAAAGGAAAAAUUAUCGUGGCUUACCAGAGGUUGCUUCCGAGGUUAUCUCCCUUUCUAUUGGGUCCAGGAUGAACACCAACCCUCUUCCCUCACCUGUCGUCCUUACGUUUGAUACAGAGAAGUUAAAACAAAAGAACAACCUGUCUGACGAUAUCAAAACGAGAUGUGUGUUUUGGGAUUUCGGAAUGAAACAAUAUCCGGCCUGGUCAAGCAAUGGGUGUAGACGAGUAAACGAAACGUGUCAGUGUGACCAUUUGACCAACUUCGCUGUACUUAUGAGUCCCAUACAAGUUUUGGAUGAACUAACUCUGAUCAGCCUCAAACUGAUCACAAUAGUUGGUUGCAGUAUAUCAGUGGUGGGGACAGUCUUGACCAUACUCACCUACCUAGCAUUGUGGAGGUAUGUGAAGAAUGAUCGGGGACGAUUGCUGAUGAACCUUUGUGUAGCUUUGACUGUAGCUUAUGUACUGUUUCUAACUGGAAUAGACAGAACCCAAAAUGACGCUGUGUGUACCACGAUAGCGGCACUAUUACACUAUUUCUUUCUGGCGACAUUUUGUCUGAUGCUGGCCGAGGGUAUUAUACUUUUGAUGUCAGUCACAAUCGUAUUUUACUCCAAAUCCAAACUUAAAUGGCUUCUAGCAUUCGGAUGGGGUUCUCCAGCAAUUAUUGUUGGCAUUACAAUAGGAAUAACACAUGGCGAGGAAUACCAUUCACAGUACCAUUGUUGGCUUACCCUCUCCAAUGGUGUUCUGUAUUCUUUCGUGGGUCCAGCGAUUGCGAUAAUUCUGGUGAACAUUGCAGUUAUCGUUCGCGUUCAAAAAGCCAUUUACUCGUCACAUUUUAUUGUAACGAAAACACAAAGACAAAAAAUAAUGACUGGCGUAAGGAGCAUAUCAAUAUUACUUCCGGUUUUGGGGGUCACUUGGUUGUUUGGAAUACUAGCAGUGAAUGCCGAUUUUGUCCUGUUCCAGUAUGUGUUUGCAAUAGCAAACUCAUUGCAAGGCUUCUUCAUAUUCCUGUGUUACUGUGUAUUCAGUGUGCCGAUUCGACGAGCGAUGGAGAGAAGGAUCAAAAUGUUAACUUUUGGUGCAUCCUCAUCAAAAGACGAUUACAAGCUACAGGUUAUCAAGACCAAACCCACCAACUUCACGGCAGCCAAAAACGUGCUGACAAAUGGAGUUCCGACACCCUUUAAAAAAGCAGCAAGUUAUCAACAAGCAAGCACGAUCAGACGUUUUAAUUCAUUCACUGCCUUUCCUAAUACGGGCUCCAGAUGAUACUGAAUAAUAUUAUCCACACCUGUUACUGCUUUUCCUUAUACGGACUCCAAGAAGUGCCGACGAACUCCACAUUUGUCCCUGUCUUUCCGAAGAAAGGUCCCAGAAGAUGCUGAAGAAUUCCGCAUCUUUUACUGACUUGCCUAAUAAGGGCUGUUCAUAAUACCGACGAAUUCCACAUCAUUUACUGACUAGCCUAAUAAGGGCUGUUCAUAAUACCGACGAAUUCCACAUCAUUUACUGACUAGCCUAAUAAGCGCUGUACAUAAUACCGACGAAUUCCACAUCAUUUACUGACUUGCCUAAUAAGCGCUGUACAUAAUACCGACGAAUUCCACAUCUUUUACUGACUUGCCUAAUAAGGGUUUCAGUUUAUGCUGGCUAAGUCUUCAGAAAGGUGUGAUAUGAAUAUAUAAUAUGCACUAAAAUGAUAAUGAUAUUAUUUUACUGAUCAAAUAAACAACCUUGAAGUCAGCAAUUUGAUAAAUCCUCUGGUUUUCAGUUUAAAAAUGAUACUUCAUCAUACACCAGAUAACAGCUUAUCAUUUACUCCAUUCAAUUACUAUAGAUAAAGAGAUUAUAUAAUAACUUUCCUCCCUCUCUUGAUUUAUACACUUACAUAUGUACUUUCAUAAUUGAUCAUUUUCCUUGCACUACUGUACAGUCAAUAGCAAUUGUUUCAAGUAGUCCAUUUAAAUGACCUCCAUAUUUGUGGUAGUGAUUAACAUCACUAUAACAUUUCGUCAUAUAUUACGUUAGAUUUGUACAGUUGCUGGGAUGAGGGUACAUACUCGACGUUAUCAUACAUACUGAUUAUUCAGGCUGAUAUAUAUGAGUCACCGUAUUGUAAAUAAAAUGAUAUGUAUGGGGUUUCUUCGUGGAUAGCAAACGCAUUUUGAUUCAUAUCAUAUUUCGAUCACACAAGUUAAUUUUCAUUUUCGUAUACAUUAAGGUUUACAAAAAGAAAAUGACGUAUAUUAAACUUUUAUUCAACUAUCGACUGUUUUAUAGAAUUAUGAUAUUACAAUUUGAAAUAUAUUAUCCAAUAAUCCGUCUAUCCAUAUUGAGUCACCGUACAUAUGACAUUUUUCAGUCUUUGUAAAUAACUACGUUAUUGUGAAUUUGUAUGGAGACCGUAUCGUGACAUUUUGUCCCCUGAACUAAGGCAUAUAAUAAAAUUAAUUUAUAUACCGAUA